GCGCAUGACUUCGUAGUAAGAGGAAGUGUUCCUUCGUCUUGUCGCCGCGGCAAAAAAAAUCGAUCGUAUUUUCAUAAACGACUAACGUAAGAACGAUCAGUUGGCUCUAACGAAGGAACCAUAAAGACCGUCGGGCGAUAAACGUAAAAGUUAGUGCGUUAAGACGAUCGGCAAGUGAUAAACGGUUGGUGUCGAGUCGUCUCGUGAUCGAUCCUUGUGUGUAUCCUGUCAAGGUGUUCUCUCUACCGUUCUCUGGUCAGGAUAUUAUGCUACCGAUCGCGCGUGCUGCAAGAUCGUUUUGACUCGUGGGGCAGUCGACCACAGAUCACUGUGCAAAAUGUUACCGCAAACACCUGACAUUAUUCCCACCACUUUGAACCAGCAAAAAUGUGUGAAAGCACGUGCCCUGUACGACAAUAUCGCGGAGGCUCCGGACGAGUUGGCUUUCCGAAAGGGCGAUGUUCUCACUGUGCUGGAACAGAACACCGCUGGCCUCGAGGGUUGGUGGCUCUGCGCCCUGCGAGGUAGACAGGUAAUUACUUCCUUUUAACGGAACUUUUCGCCG